AUGAGGACCAGCGUAUUGCGCCAGGCCGGCCUCUGCCGUGCUGCCCUCGCUGCCCGCCAUCUUCAGAUCUCCUCCAAGCCCUCGGCCGCCCUCUUGAGCCAGGUCACCCGCGCCAUCGCUGUCCAGUCCCUUCCCUCGGCCUUUCUUCCCCGCUUCUACUCGGCCGAGGCCACUGCGCAAAGCAACACUGCUGCCUCCAAUGGCCUCGUUACCCGCUUUGCCGACCUCGCCGCUUUGGGUGUUCAUGAGAACGUUGUCCGCGCCAUCACUCAUGGCAUGGGCUACGAGAACAUGACCGAAGUCCAGUCUAUGACCAUCAGCCCCGCUCUCAAGGGCAAGGACAUUGUUGCUCAGGCCAAGACCGGAACUGGUAAGACACUUGGUUUCCUCGUCCCUGUGAUCCAGAAGAUCAUCACCCAAGAUCCCGACCUCGCCCACAGGUUUGGUGGCAAGAGAGCUCGUUCUGAUGACAUUCGCGCCAUCAUCAUCUCGCCAACCCGCGAGCUUGCGGAGCAGAUCGGAGAGGAGGCUCGUAAGUUGGUCAAGGGAACCGGUAUUAUCGUCCAGACUGCCGUUGGUGGUACCCAGAAGAACGCUAUGCUGUACAAGACCCGUCAGCAGGGCUGCCAUAUCCUUGUCGGCACCCCCGGUCGCCUGAACGAUCUGCUUUCCGACAGCCACAGCGGCAUCGACGCCCCCAGACUCUCGACCCUUGUUCUCGACGAGGCCGAUAGAAUGCUCGAAGUUGGCUUCAAUGAGGAGCUUCGCCAGAUCAUCAACUACCUUCCCGAUCGCAAGGUUCUUCCCCGCCAGACUCUGCUUUACUCUGCCACCAUUCCCAAGGAUGUUGUUGGUCUCGCCAGAAGCUACAUCGACAAGAACAACUUCGAAUUCGUCCAGACCGUCAAGGCCGAUGAGGUUCUGACCCACGACCGUAUCCCUCAGUACAUUGUUCCCUGCAAGGGUUUCGAGAACAUUUACCCGGCCAUGCUGGAGCUCAUAGAGAAGGCACUCCACGAGUCCAAGACCAACCCCGAGGCUCUUCCUUUCAAGGCCAUCGUCUUCUUGCCUACUACCGCUGAGGUUAUCAUGGCCAAUGCGAUCUUCAAGCGCCUUCAGUGGAAGUUCAAGCACAUUCCCAAGACUUGGGACAUUCACUCCAAGCUCACUCAGAACGCCAGAACUCGUGCCGCCGACGAGUUCAAGAACGCGCGUACCGGUAUUCUCUUUUCUUCGGACGUUACCGCCAGAGGCAUGGAUUUCCCCAAUGUUUCCCACGUCAUCCAGACCCACAUUCCCCCCAACAGGGAGCAGUACAUUCACCGUCUCGGACGUACCGGCAGAGCCAACAAGCCUGGCCAGGGCUGGCUUAUCGUUCCCGACAUCGAGCUCCACGCGGCGAGAAGCAGACUUCCCGGUCUCCCCAUCAAGCGUAAUGACGAGCUCGAGUGCGCUUCCGUCAACGCCGCUGAUUCCGGUGCUGACAAGCACGCCAACUUCCAGCACAUCCUUGACGCGGCGUCCAGACUCCCAGAGGACCUCUUCAAGGACUGCUACUCGUCCUACCUCGGUGGCGCUCUCCAGGGCAUUGAUCGCCAAGCCUUGGUCUAUGCUCUCAACGACCUCGCCAAGUUUGGUUGGGGCUUGUCGGAGCCCCCUGCCGUCCGCCAGAGCAUCCUGAAGCACAUGGGCCGUGUUCAAGGUCUGAGAGUCGAAACCAGAGAACAUUCUAUGCGCCCCAUGGGUAGCGGACCUGGCCACCGCCGUGAUUUCAACUCGCGCGGCCCCCGUCGCCAGUCCGAUGAUCCCUUCGAGAAUGUCCUUCACAGGGCUCAGGAUCUCGAUCGCCGUCCCACCCGUCGCCAGCAGGCCAGCUUCUAAACUAAGAGCUGGGUCAAACUGUGCAUUGGCGACGAAUGGGUUGUUUGGUUUUUCCCGCUGAAAGAAGAUGCUUGCGGGGUUUUGUCUGCUGAGCGAGACAGACACCUUCUCAAAAACCGUGGUAUCGGGUCCCCCAUGUAUUUUCUUUCCGUACUGUUCGACAUUGAUACCAUCUGUACUAUAGCAUAAUUAUCACGGGAAAAGCAAGGCCGGAGUUUCUUUUUGUUUCCAUACAUUGGGGUGGCUUGUUGUCUAUGGAAAUGUUAUUAUAGACAGCGAGGGUAACACACAAAAGAGGGGUAGUACAGUCUUUUUUAGUUCCGUGGUCACAAGAGAGAAGAAUUUUUGUUCAAGAAAUGGGAUUGGGACUGGGGCACACCUAGACACAUUCGGGACUGGAGCUGGGGGGCUGGGGGCGUACUUCUGUUUUUGAUUUGUAUAAGGAAAAGAAUUGGGGCCAUCUCGACUUUAGAAGAUAUUCGUUCACUGUUUUUGAAAAUUCCAUCAUGACACAUUCACU